AUUGCAUUUAAUUAUGUGAUUUUCUUCAAACAUUAACUCCUUGGCACCCCAAUAAAGACAUGGACUCAAACACAUCCCGAAAUGAUUGUGCACCAUCUCCAAUUGGCUUUUCGAUUGGUUGAUGUUAUUAGUUAUUACUACUCAUAACUUUCAUUAAUUUGUGGCCAAAACUGAAAGGACUUUCCAAUUAGAAAGUCAAGAGUCCCUUCCAUGCAGCAUAUAUUUAUUUCUUCGUACCAAUUCCCCAAUGUUCAUGAAUCAUGACUCAUCAUGAGCGCCAAUGAAAAGGGUAUUAAAAGGAGGUACUAGCCAGGGUGAAUUCCAUAUAGCCCAAAGACUUGUUCAUUCAAAGUUUCAUAAUCACUGUUAAUAUACGAAAUUGACAUGGCAGCCACUAAGGUAAGCCUGAAGCUUCUGAUAGACAAAAAGGAACACCAAGUGAUCUUCGCUGAAGCCGGCAAGGAAUUUGUUGAUUUCCUUAUUACAAUUCUUGGUCUGCCGGUUGGAACUGUCAUUAGGCUGCUUAGAAGCCAAGGCAUGGUAGGCUGCUUGCAAAACCUGUACGAGAGCAUUGAAAAUCUGAGUGAUAGUUACCUUCAGCCAGGCCAAAACAAGUCCACUCUGCUCAUGCCCAUUGUACACAUCAAUGGUGGUCCUCUACUAUUGCCAAACGUAGAAUCAUCAACAUCAUGGAACUUGUAUAGUUGUAGUACCAGUCGUAACUAUAGUACCAGUAGUAACUACAACUCUAAGUCAUACUCCUAUAUAAAAAUGAAAAAUAAAAAAAACUCUAAUUCAUGCUUAAGGAGUCGACAACCACAGCAAUCUUAUUCAGCAACAAAUGAAAACUGUAAUUCAUACGUGUCUGCUGACAGCAAUGCUAUCUGUCCUUCGUGUAGGUUAUGUAUGACCCAAAAGUUGAAUUUUGUAGAACCACCAGAGGCAAACAAUCAUGACUCCUCCAGCAGUGAGGGAGGGUACGUGAAAGGUGUGGUUACAUACAUGGUUAUGGAUGAUCUGAAGGUGAGACCAAUGUCCAUCAUCUCCGGUAUCACCUUGCUUAACAAGUUGGCCAAGGAAAUUGGAGCUCUUGAGGAGAAAGUGGUCCAUUUGGCCAUGGAUGAGGGUGUGAAAUUGCUCAAGGCUUCUUUGCUGUCGAACAGUGUUCUUACUGAUGUCUUCCUCCCAAAGUAGGAAAAGAAUUCAGCUGCUAGCGAGAGGUAGAAUAAUGCUGUCACAUCUUUUGGGCAUCUUUUUUUCUAAAUGCAAGAGAUUUGAGUAGUUGCCAGGAAGAGGAUGUUUUUCUGUUGCAAAUAUGUUGCAAACAUAAGUCAAAUUUGUUGUGGCAAUAUAAGGGGCAAUGUACAUUUUUUUUUUUUUUUGGGAUAAGUUAAAGGGCAAUGUAUUUGACCUUCUCUCACUCUCUUUCUCUUCUUUUGGGAAAUUUAUUUACUCAGUAUUUAUUAAAUGAUAUCUUUUUUUUUUUUUUU